CAACAUCGGAAGCCGAUCGUUUUGAAACAAAGACGACUUGUUUUUGCUAAAACGUUUACAUUGACAUUUUAAUAUUUAGUUUUCGAUAAUGUUAUGAUUAUUUUUGGAAUUCUUGACUUUGUAAAAAGUGCAAAAUGUCUUCUAUGUGUUUUUUAUGUAAUGUUAAUUAUCCUGUCAUAAAAUGAAAAUCAUAAUUGAAUGUUCUUUUUGAAGAGCUUCCAAUUCUUUAACAAGUUUGUUCCUACGUUUAAUAAUAGAAUGUCUGAUACUGAAACAAUGCCUUCUGUAAGAAAAGCUAGAGCUGUAGCCAUGCAACUAAUCAGUCAGUCUGAUCAUUCUACUCAUGAAGAGUCUGGAGAUGAUGUUGAUGAAACUUCUAGCAUUGGUAGUGGUUCUACAUUGGACAAUGCUUCUCGUAGUGAUACCCCGACUAAUAGGGGUCGUCGAAGAGGAAAAGGCAGAUGGAAAUUCAAAAACUGUAAAUUGGCUUACAAAUGUACCACUUUUAUCAAGGAAGAUCAUGGCCAGCCCCUGUUCGGUGUCCAGUUCAAUCCUUAUCUGAAGGAUGGUCAAAAUAUUUUUGCUACUGUGGGUAGUAACAGAGUUACAAUUUAUGAAUGUUUGGAAGAUAAUUUUAAAUUGAUUCAGGCUUAUGCUGAUCCUGACCCUGAUGAAAAUUUUUAUACAUGUGCUUGGUCUUAUGAUGACGUUAGUGGACAUCCUCUCUUAGCUGCAGCUGGAACUAGAGGUGUAAUAAGAAUCAUUGGACCAGCUGUUCAGAAGACUAUUAAACAUUACAUUGGUCAUGGGAAUGCAAUUAAUGAGUUAAAAUUUCACCCUUUUGAUUGCAAUUUGUUGCUCUCUGUUAGCAAAGAUCAUGCUCUACGUUUAUGGAACAUUAAAACUGAUCAGUGCAUUGCAAUAUUUGGCGGUGUUGAAGGUCACAGAGAUGAAGUCUUGAGUGCUGACUUUGAUCUUCUUGGUCAAAAAGUUGUGUCUUGUGGAAUGGAUCACUCUUUAAAGAUUUGGGAAAUCAAUGAAGAAAAAGUGCGAACAGCCAUUAGAGAAUCUUAUAACUACAAUCCAGUUAAAAGUAAUAAGCCCUUCAAUACCUUGAAGCAACAUUUUCCAAUCUUCACAACUCGUGAUAUACAUAUGAACUACGUUGAUUGUGUCCGAUGGAUGGGAAACUUAGUAUUGUCAAAGUCCUGUGAGAAUUGCAUCAUUUGUUGGAAACCUGGGCAACUUGAACAGCAAGAAAUUUCUGCAGCAGAUAAUUCCGUAACUAUCGUGCAACGCUAUGAAUUCAAAGAAUGUGAAAUAUGGUUUAUGAGAUUUUCAUUAGAUGCUGAACAAAAGAUUUUGGCUCUCGGCAAUCAGGUUGGACGAGCCUUUGUAUGGGAUUUGGAUGUUGAUGACCCUGGAUCAGCAAGAUGUACAGUGUUAACUCAUCCAAAGUGUAACAGUCCUAUCCGACAAACAAGUUUGAAUAAAGAUGGCUCAAUUUUGUUGUGUGUAUGUGAUGAUGGUUCAGUAUGGAGAUGGGACAGAAUAAGCAAAGUUUAAUGCUCUGUAAAUAGUUUCAUGUAAUAAAUUUUUUAAAACAUUUUACUUCUUAGUAUAUCCUUUUUAAAAUUUAUAACUAAAACAUUUCCUUUGAUGAGUAAUUGUAUGUUCCAAUGAUUGUUAUCUAAAUUAACAUAAUGUAUCCAAGAUA